CAUAAUGCUGGCUCCUGUGGCACUACACAGCGUAUCCUGGUUGCUGCUCUCCAGCCUAAUGCUCCUAUCUCAGGUGCAAGGUGAAGAGUCCCAGGACAAACUGGCCUCACCACGAAUUAACUGCCCCAGAGGUUCCAGGGCCUAUGGCUCCUACUGCUAUGCCCUGUUUAGAACAGCUAAAUCCUGGACUGAUGCAAAUUUGGCCUGCCAGAAGCGGCAUGAAGGACACCUGGCAUCAGUGCUCUCUGCAGUUGAGGGGUCCUUUGUGUCCUCUCUAAUCAAGAGCAGUGGAAACACCUACCAAUAUGUAUGGAUUGGGAUCUAUGACCCCACAAUGGGCUUUGAAUCCAAUGGAGAUGGAUGGGAGUGGAGUAGCACUGAUAUACUGGAUUACACUAACUGGGAGAGGAAUCCUUCCAGUGCCUCUGACCGUGGUUACUGUGGGAGCGUGUCACGAGCCUCAGGAUUUCUGAAGUGGAGAGAUUACAACUGUGCUGUGCAGUUACCCUAUGUCUGCAAGUUCAAGGGCUAGGGUGGAUAGCAGUCUGAAUUUGUAUGGAGCUAACCAUGUGCAAGAAUCAGGUUCUGAAGAUUCACCCAAGAAGGGAGUUUUCUCUCUCCAUACUGAAAUAUGACCCCUGCUUCUGAUCAUCCCUCUUCUACUUGCUUCUCAUCUAAUUUCAGGACCUUCUGUGUUGU